AACACACCGGCUUUUUCUUAUUCCCGUAUCAAUAUUUUAUCUUCCAAAUUCCUCUUUAAAACCCAGGACCGGAAGGAAACCCACUUCAAAAGUCAUUAGAUCGAACCGCUGAUAUUAAAAUAAGACACUCUAUAGUCAUGACCACCCCCACCAUCACCGCCUCUCUAUAUCUGACGGUGAUGGCACUCCUCAUCACCACCGUAGCAUCGCAAUACACCAAUUACACCGUCGGUGCCUCCUCUGGCUGGUUCUUUGACGCCAAAAACAACAUCUCCGCCACUAAUUACUCCUCAUGGGCCUCUAACCAAACCUUUAAUCUCGGAGACUUUCUCAUUUUCAAUACGAACAGCAACCAGACCGUGAUCUUAACAUACAACGAGACCACGUUUAAUAUUUGCACCACCGACGAUGCAUCAGACAAUGAUACUCUCCACUACGACGGUGGCAGCACUGAGUUUGGUCAAUCGAUGACCAUUGCAGUCCCAUUGACUAUUACAGGUCCCAACUACUUCUUCUCUGACGCUGACGAUGGCAUCCAGUGCCAACGUGGCAUGGCAUUCCAGAUCUCCGUCAAUCACGGCCAGGGCUUGCCUCCCAGUCUCAAUCAACCGCCUCCCCCGCCUUACGUCGCGCCGCCUGGACCCGACACCGCUCAAUCGCCGCCGAUUACGAUCGUGGGUGGGUCACCGUCGCUGUUCAAUGGUGCAUCAAGUAGCCUUCUUAACGUGCGCUCUUUGCUGCCUUCGUUGCUACUCUGUCUUGCAGCCGCCCUAGUGUGAAACGGGCAAGGAUUGGUAUUUUUUUAAUUUAAUGGGGCCAUUUUGGACUUCGUAUAAUUUUGAGAUUACAUGCGCUUUGGUUGGGAAAUGUUUGGAUACAGGAUUAGGGUGAGCUUUGCCAGGGAUGGACUCAUACAUUCAUGGGCUGGGUGGGUUCCACAGAUUCUUUUGUAUUGAUUUGGAGAGCCUAAUUUCUUUGUUAUUCAUAAAUCCGAGAGAAAUCAAAAUCAAUUAAUCAACCAUCAA